CUUGGAGGAGGAAUCUAUUUUCUCACACCGUAAAUCCUUCUCAUGCCGGUGGGGCUCUGCCAGGAGAAAGCCGGGGGCAAGACCCUUGCCAGGGGCCUGGCUGGCACAGCAUGGAGCACUCCAGCAAGAUGGAGUUUUUCCAGAAGCUAGGCUACGACCGGGAGGAUGUGGUCCGGGUGCUGGCCAAGCUGGGCCAGGACGCCCUGGUCAACGACGUGCUGCAGGAGCUGAUCCAGACCGGCAGCCGCCCCGGGGCCCACCAGAGCAGUGCUGCACCCCUGCUGGUCCAGGGCUCCUGUGGGACCCCGGACUCCAUCCAGCGCGGGCUGGGGGCCGAUCCCGAGGAGGAGUGCGGAGACCCAGCCAGCUCCCUGAGACCUAUCGUGAUCGACGGCAGCAACGUGGCCAUGAGCCAUGGAAAUAAAGAAGUCUUCUCUUGCCGGGGAAUCCAGCUGGCUGUGGACUGGUUCAGGGAAAGAGGACACACCUACAUCAAAGUUUUUGUCCCAUCCUGGAGGAAGGACCCCCCGAGAGCCGACACCCCCAUCAGAGAGCAGCAUGUGCUGGAGGAGCUGGAGCGCCAGGCGGUGCUCGUGUACACCCCGUCUCGCAAGGUGAAUGGCAAGCGUGUGGUCUGCUACGACGACCGCUACAUCGUGAAGGUGGCCUACGAGCGGGACGGCGUCAUCGUCUCCAAUGACAACUACCGCGACCUGCAGAGCGAGAACCCCGAGUGGAAGUGGUUCAUUGAGCAGAGGCUGCUCAUGUUCUCCUUUGUCAACGACCGGUUCAUGCCUCCUGACGACCCCCUGGGCCGCCGGGGACCCACCCUGAGCAACUUCCUGAGCAGGAAGCCAAAGCCCCCGGAGCCCUCCUGGCAGCACUGCCCAUACGGCAAGAAGUGCACCUACGGCAUCAAGUGCAAGUUCUACCACCCGGAGAGGCCGCACCACACGCAGCUGGCGGUGGCCGACGAGCUUCGCGCCCAAACGCGCACCUGGCGGGGUGCGGGCACCGAGGAGGAGCGACCGAGGGUCCGGGACGAUCAUGGCGGCCUGAAUUCAAAUGAAGUAUUUUCAUAUCCAUGA